AAAGGGGAGACUCCCUUACCGGCUUGUGCAAAACCAGAUUGAGUACGAAGAAAGCCUCUUCAAUAUGCAAUACAGCGUUUUUAGAAGCGAGCUGGGCAUGGACGGGGAGGACUUUUUUUCCACCGCUAGCAGUUACACUCUUCCUUCCGGCUCUUUAGAGAUCCACCAUCCCUUGCUUCCUCACUGCAGUUUUCCCAACCGCACUGACACUCCUAGAAGAGUUAUUAUACUGAGGUAUCAACCAGCUACCGAAAAGAUUUACAAUAAUCCAAUAACACACUACAAGACUGGCGAAGUGUUUAGUAAAGCAAACUACCUUGUAAGAGGCCGUUACGGGAGCCACGUAGCGGGAAAGAGCAGGACUUCUUGUCUUUUACCUUCAGUGUUUGCAAUCACUAUGGAGAAUCCGAAAGAGAAAUAUCCGAGGUCAGAAGUUAGGAAACCCUCCGCUCUACCGAAAUGCCUUUUUUUCUCCUAAAUACUUUUUAAGAAAAAAUAUUCUAGUUUCAAGGAUGUUUACUCAGUACGCAUUUAUUAGCAA